GUUAACUACUUUUUAGUAUAGCAAUAUAAUUACAGUGAAACCUUUUAGGUGCCUAUCACGAAUGUAGAAGUACGGUCGCCGCAAGGGCUUUUAUUGUGGUACAUAGAGUCCUGACAUUCAGACUGCAAGUCAAAAACAGGAAGCGUUAUUGGGGAUCUUUGGAUUCUUCACAGAACGAACUCUUUCCUCUGAACUUCGACUGCAGACAACACCAGAUAGCUACUGCCAGGCCCACGGUUUUGGAAAACACUUUACCCGUUUGCACCGCCUUCUCUACAUGCGAGCUAGGUCUCUGUUUGUGUUUACAAGGAUCAUUAGGGAAACCUAUAGAUUCCUUCCAAUGCUACUGAAAAUUCCAACGCUGCACUUAGAGACACUUUGAAUGAAAACAAGCUCUCUCCUGCGCAGCUGGACCGGAGGCUCUGAAUCUGCUCUCUCCUGCGCAGCUGGACAGGCGGCUCUGAAUCUGCUCUCUCCUGCGCAGCUGGACAGGCGGCUCUGAAUCUGCUCUCUCCUGCGCAGCUGGACAGAAGGCUCUGAAUCUGCUCUCUCCUGCGCAGCUGGACAGGCGGCUCUGAAUCUGCUCUCUCCUGCGCAGCUGGACAGAAGGCUCUGAAUCUGCUCUCUCCUGAGCAGCCAGAACAGGAGGCUGCAUCUUUACUCUCCUGCGCAGCUGGGACGGGGGCUGUGACGUCGGGCCUGCGCAGACAUCUGCGGGGGCAUGCCGAGAGGCGGGGCGACGCGGAGGUGAGGGGGCGGCCCGGGAUGACCGGCUGGUCCAGGGUGGAGGAGCUGACAAUGGACGAGGGACAACGGUCCUCCAGGGAGAAGGGGGGCGCCAACGGGGGUGGCGAGUCGGGCGCAGAGGAGGGCUCCAGCUCGGAGAGCGAGGCGGAGCAGGAGCUGGGGCAGGAGCAGGAGCAGGAUCAGGCCGGCCGUGGCCGGAGGAGGGAGGGGCUGAUCUCUACCAAGCCCCACCGCCAGCUCUGCCGGUCCCCCUGCCUGGACCGGCCCAGUUUCUCCCAGAGCAGCACCCUGCAGGAGCUCCGCUCCGAUGACACCCGCCCGUCAGCCCCCGCUGACCGCGGCUACCAGGCCAAGAUGGACUUCGCCCUGAAGCUGGGCUACCCCGGGGAGCAGGUGGAGGCCGUGCUGGGCAAGCUGGGCGCCGACGCCCUGAUCAACGACGUCCUGGCUGAGCUGGUGAGGCUCGGGAGCAAGGGAGAGGCUGAGGGCCCACCCGGUGGGGCGGGGGGCGGAGCUGGGGGCGGGCCAGGGGUCGGGGGUGGAGCUGGGAUACCCAGAGGCCCCUGCGGUAAGGAGAUCAGCAGCCCGGAGACGUCACUGGAGGACGAGUCUGUGGACAACACUGACAACCUGCGGCCCAUCGUCAUUGACGGCUCCAACGUAGCCAUGAGCCAUGGAAACAAAGAGGUGUUCUCCUGCCGUGGGAUCCAGCUGGCGGUGGAUUGGUUCCUGGAGAAGGGGCAUAAGGACAUCACGGUGUUUGUUCCAGCCUGGAGGAAGGAGCAGUCCAGGCCUGACGCCCCCAUCACAGAUCAGGAAAUCUUGAGAAAGCUGGAGAAAGAAAAGAUUCUGGUGUUCACCCCCUCCCGGCGGGUCCAGGGCAGGAGGGUGGUGUGCUAUGACGACCGCUUCAUCGUCAAGCUGGCCUGCGACUCGGACGGCAUCAUCGUAUCCAAUGACAACUACAGGGACCUCCAGAACGAGAAGCCUGAGUGGAAGAAAUUCAUUGAGGAACGGCUCCUUAUGUACUCCUUUGUGAACGACAAAUUCAUGCCUCCAGACGAUCCUUUAGGAAGACAUGGUCCAAGUUUGGAGAACUUCCUCCGAAAAAGGCCAGUCAUUCCAGAACACAAAAAACAACCAUGUCCUUAUGGAAAGAAAUGCACCUAUGGACAUAAGUGCAAGUACUACCACCCCGAACGGGCCAAUCAGCCGCAGCGGUCCGUGGCAGACGAGCUGCGGGCGUUUGCCAAACUGUCCGCGGUGAAGACCAUGAGUGAAGGGGCGCUGAUCAAGUGCGGCUCAGGGUCCCUGGCAGGGGGGAAGGGGGACCCCGGAUCAGAGGCCAAACGCGUGGCCCCCAAACGUCAGUCGGACCCCAGCAUCCGCUCGGUGGCGGCUACGGCGGGCUGCGAGGCGGACGACCGCCCGUCGGCGCCCCGUCGGCCCGACUCGGGCUCGGUGCCGGCCCUGGUCACGGCGCUCAGCGUGCCGACGAUGCCGCCAGUGAAGAGCCACGCGGCAGGGGCCCUGAACACCCGCUCGGCCAGCAGCCCCAUCCCGGGCUCCUCCCACUUCUCCUGCGGCUCGAUCGAGCAUGCCCCUGGCGCGCAGUACCCGCCCAUCCUGGUCACCAACACCCACGGCGCCCCCCUCGGCUACGGCGAACCCUUCCCCAAGUACGACUCCACCAGCGACCACGGCUACUACUCGAUGCUGAGCGAUUUCUCCAGCGUCAGCCUGGGGAGCAUGCACGCCGCCGACAGCUUCUACAGCAUGGAGGAGGAGCCCAGGGCCUACCCCAAGAGCCAACCCAGCGCCGAGUCCUAUCCCGCGGUCCGCUACGCCGGCGGGGAGCUCUACAUGGGCUCGCUGGACAGCGGAUUGGAGGAGAACGCCAAGGGACAGCAGCAGCAGCACCCGCCCCCCCAGACCCAGCGGAGCCUGCCGGCCUUCGCCCACGGCUUCCACCACGAGGCGCUGACCCGCGUGCAGAGCUACGGGUCCGAGGAGCCCAAGCAGGGCCUCCGCAAACUGGCCCGCCUGGCCCCCCACCUCCAGCACCCCCUGGUGGGCGCCCGGUCCAGCUGCCCCGGGGACUACCCCCUGCCGCAGGGCGUCCACCCCUCCUCGCCUUCCUCCCCCUCCUCCUCCUCCUCGCCGUCGGGCCCCGCCCAGCCCGGGCGGACGCUGGGCAUGACGCGCAUGGACAGCGUGUCGGACUCGCGGCUGUACGAGGGCGGCGUCAUGCGGCAGAGGCGCCCGCCGCUGUGCCGCGAGCAGCACGCCAGCUGGGACCCGCUGCCCGUGGGGGGCGCCCCCGAGCACUGCGGGUGCCGCCACCCCUUCCCGCUGGGCGGGGCCCUGAUGCAGCCCUGCUGCGAGAGGGUGAUGGUGCGCAGCAUGCCCGAGAAGAUGGAGCAGGCCUGGCGCUGCGCGUCGCCGUGGGAGGAGCCUCCCGGCGCGCCCGGCCCCGCCGCCACGCCCGCCGACCCCCCUGAGCGCCAGGGCGUGCCCGAGCAGCAGUACCAGACCUACCGCAACCUCUGCAACAUCUUCCCCGCCCACGUGGUGCACUCGGUCAUGGAGCAACACCCCCACGUCACCGACCCCCAGCAGCUGGCCGCGGUCAUCGUCAGCAGGCUCCGCUCCGGCCGCUAGACCCCCCCCCCACUCCGAGUCUCCGUUUCUGUCCUGCUCUGAACCAGAGAUCACUACCGCCCCCUGUCUCUGUCUAACUCUGAAGGAAAAGGGAGGAAAAAGUAAAAGUAUAAUAUUAUAUAUUUACUGGCUGCAAAACCACUGUUGUUUUGUUUUUACAAAAGAAAUGUGUAAAGUGCACAAAGCCAGAAGAAGCGUGCGGUGUUAUGGCCUGCCUUCACAUGCACACGAGCACUUGUGUUUAUAUAUAUUUUGCGACUUGAAUCUCAAGUUUUUUCCUUGUGAGAUUUUAAGGAAAAAGUGAAUAUAAUUUGGGACGUUCUAAAGUGCGUACCUCAGUGCAUGGGAUUUCCGCUUGUAAAAGGCCUUAUAUUUACAUGACCUCACAUCGUUGUCGACCACUAUUCAUUUUGAGUAUUGAGUGUUGCAGCUGAAGAGGUCUUUUCAGUUCUUAAAGUGUUAAGCACUAGCAGUGUGUAGAAAUAUUUUCUCAAUAAUUUUCCUUGCAUAAACUGCCUUUGUUUUGAGCAGGAAUGUGGAAAAAUGUGUAUAAUUUAGACAAAGUACAAUGGCAAAAAAGAAAGAAACUAGUCAACGGCUGGUUGGCCUUUUGGUAGAUGCUACAGUUAAAUUGGAGCCAAUCUUCAUAUAAAAGAACAUUAAAGGUUGCCAUUGUAAAUGGGUAUUUGAAGCUGCUGAAAUUAUGCCAAAAAAGAUAAUCAGCUGCGUCAUAUUUAGACCCAGCAGUCGUGUUUAUAUAAUGUCCGAUGUUGAUGUUGGCUUGUGGGGGUUGAAUGUUAAAAAUAGACUUUUCCUUCGGUGUGUGUGCUAGUGUCACGUGCAGUUGUACUUACAGUAUGUUUGUCCGUAUCGUUUAUAAUAUUUGAAAAACGAUUUGAAGGCGUGUGACGCGGUUUCUGUCUCACGGGAAGACAGAGCAGAAUCGUGUCCCGGAGCCGCGAAAUGACGCUUUCGAACACCUUCGUUUUAUAAAGGCGCUCCGGUUUUCUGUACAUACCGCUGUGCGAUGAAACGUCACGUUGGCUUAUUUAAACCAACCAAUGUCUGUAAUGAGGAAGUAGUCUGUGAGCUGUCCGCGGAGGCCUCCACUUAAUCUAACCAUGGUGCACUUCUUCCUUAACUUGGCUUUUUUUUUAAAAAACCAUAACGUGUAAUUUCCAAAUUAGCCAAAAAAAAAAAGUAUUACUUAAAAUGAGCUUAAAUCAAUUAAUCAAUUACUGGAAGCUGAGGACAAAGCACAUUGAGUUUAAAUUGAUUAGAGGCCUUGAGAUAUAUAUAUAUAUAUAUAUAUAUAUAUAUAUAUAUAUGAUGUUUUUGUGUGAAAUUAGAGGGAGGGCCACGAGCAGCCUGUUGGUUCUUCAUUCGAAGGUGAGACACUGCCUCCAUGUUUCCUUCAAUGGAACGGUGGUUGGGCAGGGCUGCUGUCAUUGGUUGUUUCUGGCAUUUGGCGAAAGGCUUCUGCUAUGCUGUUGUCUCUCUCUUUACCUGCCUGUUCUGUAUCCCUCUUCCCUGCUUGCAGCAUUUCACUGGGGCGGGGCUGGGGGGGGGAGGAGCUGGUUUCUCUCACUGAGCUUUAGCAAAGGAGACUGCGAGCGAAACGUUUGCGAACGGUUUAAAUGUGUUCUGACUGAGUGUAGAGUUACAGGAAAGUCUUUAACUAUUUAAAAUUUAAACACGGUUUGUGCAUAAAUAAAUGUACACAUUUGAAAUUUCUGUGCAGCACUACUGUAUAGUGUGUUAAAAAUAAUCUUACUUGUAUUUUGAUAUCUGUGACUUAUACUGCAUGGUUAAAUUUGUUGUGAAUUCACCUGCUAAACUUUUGAUAAACGAUUGCAGUUUGCGUUCGACCCCACACUAACGAUCUUUCAUUACAGCACGCAGCAAAGCCUCAAAUGUCCAGAAACGACCUUUGUUUGUUGAUACAAAUUGUAUCUAUUUCUUGAUUGUAAAAAAAUAUAUAUUUAUGAAAUGUACAGUAUCAUAUAUAGAAAUACCUUUAUGAAAAAAAGAAAAAAAAAUGCAACAAUGUUUUGUGACACUGUGUGUCACUGGGAGUAGCCCAAAGGACCUUUUCUUACUGGGCACUGUGUUUAUAGACCUGAGUCCUUUUUAACCUGCUACACGGACAUGCACUCAACUGUGGUGUGUAGCCAUUAUAGCGUUAUUGUAUUCUCACUAGAUGUUUGGUUUAAAAAUAACAACGCUUUCCAGCAGUAAAGUAAUAGUGCUAAUCAGCGCAAGUCGUUCGCUGUCUGCACAUUCUUGUGACGUUGGUGUGGUAACCCGCAGCAACGGUAGCAUUUUCCCUCCACUUCCAGGAUCUUUUCCUCCUUGAUCUGGUGAAAACUGGCCCACGUCUUUAUUUCUCACAAUCUUAAUCUUUCUGUGCCCCAACACCCCACCCCUGCCCACACACACACAUACACACACUUACACUCUCACUCUCACACACAGACACACACAUGCACGCACGCACACACACACGCACACUGACAUUCUUGUUUGCUUAGGUUCAGUAGCUACAGAUGCUGUAAAAAUAGCUGGGUUACCACACCCUUCUCGGGAGCAGAAUGAUGACUUUAAAGUCCAAGUCUCGUGAUUUCUUUUGUUGUCAUUUUUGAUAAAUACAUAAUUUAAAUGAAACACACAUGCGGAAAACAAACAAAAAUUUGACAAUCCUGUAAAAUCAUAAAGCGCUUUAAAUUUGGUUUCUGCCCUCUCCAAUGGAAAGUCCUCUUCCUAUGGAAAUCAGUUAUGUUUUGUGAUGUCACUCCUAAAAUAAAAAAAUUAUUAAAAAUAUUAAUUAUGAACAUCAUAAACGUUUUCUAAUUUGCUUUCCUUUUUAAGUAUUUAGCAAGUUUCAGGAAUUCACCAACCAGAUUUGCAGCUUGUUAUCACUAUUGGAAAUAUGCUGCACCUUUUGCAGUUUGUAGCGGUGUUUUUGAAAGUUAAUUCUUGGUUAUAAUUCAAGUGCAUUUAUAAUGAACUAGAUUUUCAUUUUUGAGCAUUUACUUUUACUUGUGCUCCAUUUUGUAUCUGUACCAAACCCAAACUAGUGAUGCGUGGUUUUCUGAUGGGACUUGGACUUUAAAUGUUUGUCUCUCUUCUGUGACACUUCUGUGAUAUUUUCGCCUUAAACGUUGUAAAAUGAGUGGAGAGUUGAAGCCUUUUGUCUCAGAAUCUUCUAAGAUGUCAGCAUAUGUGUUUGAGUGAAGCGUGUGGCUAAGAGCCUUUGUAAUUUGUAUACCUGUUGAGAGGGUCACAUGAUUGAGCGUACAGCUAUUUUGUGAUAUUCCUGAGGUUAUCUCUGUCUGGUUACCCAUUUCUUUGAAUUUAGUUAUGUAUCUGUAGUAGUAGAGGCAUGCCAUGAUAAAUAAUAUAUUUUUGGAGUCGUUAAAUCUGUAAAUCUAAUUGACAGAGUUAUCAUUAUUGUACAGGCCUAUUAUAAUUUUGAAAAUAUCUGCACUAUUUGAGAUGAAAAUCAAUGGUAUAUCAACACGAUCGCAACAGAGCAUCGUUGAAGUUCACCGAAUUUUUAUGCAGUCUGAUUGAAGACGUGCGCCCAGUUUAAGCAACUCUCAGGUAUUAUACGAGAUUUGUGACAAACUUGUAUACUUUGCUGAUGUGUGUUCUUGACGUUUGCCGUUCUGAAUGAAAAUUGAUUUAUAUUUGCCAAGCUUGGGUGCAGAUCUCUGUGGCGUGUCUGUAAUUUGUGCUUAGCGGUCUUGUAAUGUACUUUAUGACGCCGUGCUUAAAUGUCACAAUGGCAAGUUGACUAUAUUUUAGUCUUGUGUUGUAAUGAGCUGCAAUAGUUUGUUUUAUUCUUUGUUGAAUGAAACACAAAGCUUUUUAAAAAUUGUUUUAAACCGACGGGAAAACAAAAAACAGCCGUAAAAAAAUGAAAAUAACUCAUAUAAACUCUUUGGGUCUGUGGACUCAAACAAAAUGUAAGUCUCAAUGACAAAGGGGUGUCUGUUUGUGUACAUUACUCCAAAAUGAAUGGGAUGUUUGUGCAGUGAUUUUAAUGGGGUGUGAACCGUGCCACCGACACUGCAGAUCCAGGGACUGCCUUUUCAGCUGGUAUGCAGACGUGGGUUACUGGGGAACCGUGCAAUUUUAAGAACAGGAUAAUGGCGUUACUUACAGGGCUCCUCUGGUUAUAGCCCAGUUACAAGUAACUGGGUCUGAUCUGAUUAAACCAAGCCACAUUUAAACCAGGGGUAAUCGUUGGUUACAAGAGAACCUUGUCCAGGCUCUGCAUGCACGAGAUGGCGACGAUUUAUUGUAGUGUUGUCUGACUGCAUCCGAGUUACAAGUAACUCAGUCGAGACUGAUUAUAGCAACGCAAAUAUAGCAUCUACACCACAGCCAGCCAUCCAUGGUACCCAAGUGCAGGAGAUGCUUCUGGAACACACAUUGUCACAUUUGUUGGAUAAUUAAUUAAUUGAAUGUAUCUGUCAGAUCAAUUAUGUAAUUAAGCGAAAAAAUAAAACAAAAAAUUAAAUAAAAAAAAAACAGACUCGCCUGCCCUGUUCUGAGCAGUGGUCUAUGAGCAGUUCCACUGUUAAUUCAAACAUGCCCUGACAGAAUUUAUGAAACGUGGCACAUUUGCACCAGGAACCAUACGCAGAGUUUAUGCAUCUACACUGGCAUUGCAUGGCGGCCAUGGUCUACGAAGCCGUAGAAGUUAAAGCUAGCAUGACAGACCUCUUUAGAUGUGAUUUUGGCACUCGGUGUACUCUGCAAACGAAUACAGAAAUGCCCUGGAUACAGGCAUCUGCAAAUUGUGUGUUGUUGUUAGAAAAAGAUAAACCUCGUAACGAUGAUGUGGAAAGCUUUCGUGGCUUUUUCCAACGUUUGUGUGAUAACAGUAAAGUGGCUUUUUAUGUUGUUGUUAUUUUUUAAACGUUUUUCGUUUUAGUGUGGAAGAACAUUAUUCUUACUUCAUGCCAACGUUGUUUCGACCAGGCCAAUACUGAUGAUGCUGUCCUUCAUUGGGUUAUCAGUGGUUCCUCAACCAAGGUUAUCCAAUGGCUAAUACACAGAUGUUUUUUUCUUUUUAAAGAUUUUGUAAUCACUGUUUUUCUUUUGUUUCCACGCAAGUAAUAGAUAUUAGACUUGCAAACAAAUAAAGUGUAACUGUAAGCAUAAACAGGGCUCCUGUUUGCAUCUUUCAUGUAUGGUUAUCUCCCCCUUAGUUCAGACUAAUUUGUUAAUAAGCUGCAGGCAGGCUAAAGUUAGCCAUGCUUGCUAAGCUAGCUCACCUUGCCCUAGCUGAUUUGGGCUGCUAAUACAUUUUUGAAAUUGCAAAGAUAUUGCAAACCACUUUUAAAAAAUAUAUUAUUAUUAUCUACCCCCUUCCCAAAAAAUGGCCUUGUGCUUUAUCCACCGAGUCAUUUAUGGCAGGGGCCCCAACCCUAGUCCUGAAGAGCUAUUAAGUAUGCUGCUUUUCAAUUUUAACUUAAAAUUUGCAACCAGUUCAGACGUACAAAACCUGCUUAGGUGAUCUCCCCUGCGGCACUCCAGGACCAGAUUUAUGAUGUGUUGACUAUUUUAGUUGUAAAUGCACUUUCGUUUACAGUAUUUUAAAAGUAACGUAGUGCAUUUAUUAUUUGAAGAUUUAAACCCUCAACUGAAGUGUCUCUUCUUUCCUCAUUUACUAUGCUGAAUGUCCUUGAAUUGCAUUGUGAAGUGGCUUCAAUGUAAUCAACAGUGGAUAUGUUUUCUUUUUUGUUUUGCAAUAAAGAAGCAGGUUUACACUUAGAA